AUGCUGGCUAUUCCUUCACAAGAGAUUGGGCAGCCUAUCCCAAACAAUACUCCUCACGCUGUCAGUGUCACGCUGCCUACAUGGGAGGCCACAGUGGGUUAUGAAGAAGGCCAGGAAUGGGUCACUUCUAAAAUGAACUCAGGAUAUCCAAGAUUCUUUAUCCAUGGUAAAAUUCAAGAACUGUGUAAACUAGUGGAGGGGAAAUUCGGUAGAGAGAAUGAGAAGGCUUUUAUUUUCCCAAGUUAUAACGUGGCAAAGCGUUGUAGAGAGUUUGUUAAAGAGAAAAGUGUCAAUAAUCCAAGUGUAAGAAUAUUACAAUUAACUACACAACCUCCAAAGACAAAAGAAGAGGAAAGUUAUAGAAAAGAAGCAAAGAUUGCUGUUGUGUUUAUCCCAAAGGAAGAGUCCCCAUUGGCUAAAAAUUAUUGGCAACAUUCAGGUGAAGGUAUAUCAUCAAGAUUAGGUGAAUAUGUUUUACAAGAAUUACAAAUUGCUGAAAAUAACUUACAAGAGGAUAAGGAUAAAGAAUAUAAAUUGUUUAUUGAAGAAAGAUUUGGAAGAAAUUUAAAUUUAAGUUUUGUUAAUGAGGCAAAACAAGCUUUGAAAAGACGUAUUGCAGGUACAUUAAGAGAAAAUGAUGAAGAUUUGAAGAUUGAGGUUCAAAGAUCUGUUUCAGAAGAUGAUAUAUUCCUUUAUCCAUCAGGUAUGGCUUCAAUCUUUAAUGCACAUCAAGCCAUUUUGAAAACAUUACCAAAUGAAAAAUCUGUGUGUUUUGGAUUCCCAUAUGUUGAUACUUUAAACAUUUUGAAAAAAUUUGGACCAGGUGUUCAUUUUUAUGGGUUUGGUGAUGAUGAUUCUUUAAAUGAAUUAGAGCAACAAUUAGAGAAAGGUUUGAAAAUUUUAGGAUUUUUCUGCGAAUGUCCAUCAAAUCCAUUAUUGAGAACUCCAAAUUUAAUAAAGAUUCGUGAAUUAGCAAAUAAAUUCAAAUUCCCAGUUAUUGUGGAUGAAACUGUGGGGAAUUUCUUAAAUAUUGAUGUUUUACCAUAUACUGAUAUUGUUGUUUCAUCAUUAACAAAAGUUUUCAGUGGGGAUUCAAAUGUUAUGGCUGGUUCAUUAGUUUUGAAUCCUUCAUCACCAUUUUAUAAUGAGUUUAAAAAUUAUUUCGAAAAUAAUUAUGAAGAUUUAUUUUGGGCAGAAGAUGCUAUAUAUUUAGAAAGAAAUUCAAGAGAUUUCCAAACAAGAUCUCAAAAGAUAAAUAUAACAAGUGAAGCAGUUGUGGAGUUAUUUCAAAAACAUUCAUCAUCAUUAAUUAAAGAAAUUUAUUAUCCAAAGGUAAAUGAUACAAGGAAAUAUUAUGAUCAAAUUAAAAAUGAACAUGGUGGUUAUGGUGGAUUGAUAAGUAUAGUUUUCUAUAAUCCAGAAGUUGCAAGAGUGUUUUUUAAUGAGCUUUCAUUAUCAAAAGGUCCAAGUUUAGGUACAAAUUUUACAUUAGCAUGUCCAUAUGCAGUUUUAGCACAUUAUCAAGAAUUAGAUGAAGUGGAAAAUUGGGGUGUUGAUAGAAAUUUGGUUAGAAUUAGUAUUGGAUUAGAAGAACAACAAGAUUUGUUGGACGUUUUACAACAUGCUUUGAACAUUGCAAGUGCAUCAGCAUAG